AUGGUCGUCACAGCAGUCAUAACUGAAGAGUCUAAAUAUCUGCAUCUCAAAGCAGAGAAGCCUAUCCUCGACCUUCCACACGCUGAUGAAUCCACUGGACGCAUUGUCCCCAUCAACCACGCGAAAGGCAGCCAAGCAGACUUCGGCGCAGAAAUUUACGGGAUCGACUUGAACAACUUUACAGAUGCAGACUUCGCGUUCAUCUCUGAUGCUCUGCACAAAUGGAAGUUGCUGGUAUUCAAAGAGCAACCACAGAUGCUGAGGCCACAGCAGCAAUAUUUGCUGACUGCAAACUUCGACCGCGAGGAGACUACCGGUGGCUUUGCGCACGGGCAUGACCCUUUCCUUACCCACCACAACGGCGUCGACUUUUAUGGUAUUCCCAAACGUCCAGCGAUCCCCGUGCAGCCACAAGUUCAUAUCCUUGGUCGUGGGCCCGUUCCAGAAGGCCACUUCGGUUUCCCACCCGGCUUCGAAGUCCAGGGUAUUGACCACGAAGAGUUUCAUCUUCCACCGCACAUACCAGCGCAAGAACGCGAAGCUGGAGCUUCACGUUUCUACCAAUGGCACUUUGACGGGUCUUUGUACGACAUCCCUCCUCCACGUGUAGGCUGCCUUCUAGCUGUUCGUACCCCCAAGGGACCAGAUGUGACUGUGCGAUGGGAGGAUGAGGCAGGGACUCAAAUGAAGAUGGCACCAGGAGCCACGGCAAUGGUCGCUGGUAGCCGUGCGCUGGCUCUACUUGACGAAGAGACCCGGAACAUCGCGAUGAAUAGCAGAAUCGAAUACGCACCACACGCUUUCGUGUGGAUGUCCAAAGCGCAUAGCACCCGCCUUGGACAUUCCAUCGAGACUGAAGGACUUGAGAUGCCGCUGGACAGACUUCCCAAGUGGGACAAAAGUAAAAGAAUCAUGGCGCCUGGUAUACUAGCCCCCGAGCCGACCUUCACGGUCAAGGAGAUGGCGAAAAGUACCAAGGAGAAGCACAACUUUGGAGCAAUUAUUGACGAUCUCGACCUUGAUAACAUCAGUGACUCCGACGUGAAGGCACUAUCUGAUGCGAUCUGGACCCAUAAGCUGGUGGUUGUCAAGGGCCAGAAGGAUCUCGCACCCAUUAAACAAUGGGAGCUUGUCACACGCUUCGAUCCUAAAGCACCUCACGUGCACUCCCACGGCGAUGUGAAGACCUUCCACAAGCAGGGCGGCUUACUUUCGAAAGGACGUGAUGUUGUCGGUAUACCUGGUGCAGAAAACGUUCGUCUAAUCGGCAAAGGCUACCAGGGAGCAGACCAUUACGGUAUCAAAGACACGACGAUCAAGAAGGAAAUCGCGCAUGCAUGGCAUGACAAACCGCUUCCAGCAGAAGAAUAUGCCUCAGGCCAUACACGCUUCCAGAGAUGGCAUAUCGAUGCACCACUCUACGCCCGCGAUCCUGCGUGGUUUACAACGCUCCGCUGCAUCAAGCGACCUACAUCCCCUGAACUGACCAUACAUUGGGAUGACGGCAGCGGUUUGACUAUGACCACCGAACCUGGUCUGACCGCCUUCUUCAGCAACGUCCAGACAUACAACAUGAUGACAGAGCAAGAAAAGAAGAUUGCUGAUCACUCAUGGGUCGAGUACGCACCUCACCCUUACCAGUGGAUGGGUGACUGUAAAGCUCAAUCGCACGGCCUAGGCGUAGUAAGCCAAGGUAAAGAGAAAUCAUUGGAAGACCUUGGCCCCUACGAUGAGAAAGACAUCAAGCGCUACCCAAUGGUAUGGGUCAACCCCGUGACCGGCGAACGAGCUUUCAUGGUCCAUGGUAUCUGCGUCCGGCGAGCUUUUGUUCGCUCCAGCGAAGACGAGGAACCGACUAUCAUCGAUGAUGUAGCUCAGAUAAGGGAGUGGCUAAAGCCCAUUCAGGAACGCGUUCUCAAGCCUGAGUACAUCAUGCUGCCGAAGGUAGAGGAGGGUGACAUCAUUAUGUGGGCAAACUAUCAAAUGUUCCAUACUGCGGUUGAUUACCCAGAUCAUUGGGGUUCGAGGACAAUGCAUCAGGCUAACAUUGGUGCGAGUAGUGGGCCAGUUGGACCGGUAAUUGUUCCUGGUGUUGCAUAG